AUGUCCCGUCUAACUCAUCAGUUCUUGUCGGUUGCACUUAUGCUUGGUGCUGCUCAACUCAUCAGAAGUUACAGCUUCAACAACUGCCUUGCUGACACAUACUCAAAGGGCAAAGGCUUCAAAUGCAUCAAUCGCUGGGCAAACAACAUAUCUGCCAUUAUAGGUGAUCUGCCGUCAUCUGUCACCAAUCUCACCGUCUCACUUGAUCAACUGCAGGACAUUCCCGACCACAGCUUUAAGCAUCUGCCAAAUCUUCAGAACCUCAGAUUAGAUCAUAACAACUUGAGUAACAUCGGUCAACUAGCUUUCAAUCUAUUGGAUCAACUUCACUCCCUCAAUUUGUCUUUCAACAACAUAUCCCAGCUAAACCCGUUUGUGUUUCAGGGGCUUCACAACCUCACCUUUCUCUCGCUGACCAACAACACAUUGAAGCAGCUUCCUGAGGGAAUUUUCUCUUCCAAUCUCAAUCUGACCACUUUAAUCAUGGGGCAAAACCUUCUGAUGAAUUUCUCUGGGAUCGUCGGGUCAGUGUCACAUCUGACAGAUCUAAAGACACUGGACCUUAGCUUUAACAGUUUGACCUCCCUCAGCCACUCAAAUGCGUCACUACCCACAUCCCUCAAAGUUUUGUAUUUGGCUAGAAAUCAACUGACCACGUUAGGAUGUGAACGUUCAUUUCUCGUGUACAUUAAAGUUCUAGACUUGUCGUACAAUUCCAUGCUCCCAACGGUGGCUUUUCAGGGAGUGAACUUGAAACAUUUGAACUUUUUGCGUUUGCGUUCAACGAGUGUCAAGGUAGUGGAUUUCUUAAAUACCAGUGACAUCGAUGCAGGACACGUUGAUUUCUCUGGCACAGGUCUGAGAAAUGACAGCCUGCUCACAGACCUGUGCAAGUUGUUAAAAAGAAAAGUGAAAAAGAUCAAAGAUUUGCGGCUGGGUAGUAAUUGGAUUAGGGAACUUACCAACAACACACUGUGCUAUUGUCCUGAAAUCACAAGGUCUCUGGAUCUAUCCCACAAUCGACUGAGAAACAUAAAUUGCCUUACAUUCCUCGAUAGACAUAUAGACAUAAAGAUCGUUAAUGUGGAGCAUAACAUUCUCAACUCUCUCCAAUCCUGUCAAGGCCAUACUAAGGUUCAUGUCCAAGAGCUGAGCUAUCGUUACAACCGCAUCCUCUCAGUGAGUGAUUUUGCUUUCUAUAAUGUGCCAAAUAUCAAGAAGCUACAACUUAACAUAAACUCAAUUUCUUUUCUCGAUCGUAGGGCUCUCAAAGGGCUCAAACAGCUCGAGUUACUCCGCUUGGACAACAACCUCUUGACUGAUUUGAAUGGAGAUAACUUUAAAGAUAAUGUCAAACUGCAAACCCUUAACCUACGCAACAAUCGUAUUUCUGUCAUCUUCAAUUCGACCUUCCUCAUGCUCAGGAAUCUGACUAUAUUGGACCUUGGAGUUAAUAAGAUCAGUCAUAUUAAUCCUUCAGGUCUGGAUGGACUCAUAAGUCUGUCCAAACUCUAUCUAGAUGGAAACAACCUAGAAAAGAAGGACUUUUUAACAGGUUCCCUCUUUCAUGUAUUUCAAGAUACACUCACAACGCUGGAUCUACAGAGUAAUCACAUUCGUUUCUUCUCCGAAGUUGAGUGGUCACCAUUUCAGAAUCUCAGCAAGCUCAGUGAUCUGAAAUUGGAUAGGCAGCAGCCUUAUGGCAUGACUGUUUUACCCCGCGCUUUUUUCCGUGGCCUGCACUCAUUGACAUCACUGUAUCUCACCAACAAUAAUCUCAAUAAUCUUUCCCCGGGUGUGUUCGAUGAUCUGACAGGCUUGCGUUUCCUCAACCUGGACAGCUGCUGUGUUGGGGUGAUAAAACUACGACCAGGAAUUUUCAAAAAUCAGAGAAAUUUGACCACAUUGAUUGUAGAAAAUAUGGGCAUUCAGAACUUCUCAAAGGAGGUUUUUGGGAAUCUUACACAGUUACGCAGGUUGCAGAUGAACCGCAAUGUGAUGCAGAGUAUUCCUGUGGAUGCACUACAAAGUCUACCUAAACUCAGCUACCUUGACAUACGUAAUAUUCCUUUAAGCUGCACCUGCAAGAACAUCUUGCUGCAAAAUUGGACACGAUACGACCCAAAUGUCCAGGUAGUCUAUCUGUACAGUCUGCUGUGCCAAUCUGAUCCAUCGAUUAAAUUCUACAACUUUGAUACCAAAGUUUGCUUCAUAGAUCUAGGUGAGUACAUGUUCUUCAGCACAGCAGCUGUGCUCUUCCUGUUCACAGUCUCUCCUCUACUUUAUGUCAAACUCUAUUGGAAAUUCAAGUACAGCUACUAUGUGUUCCGUUCCUGGUUUAGUGAGCAGUGGCGCAGACUCAGGGAGGAGGAGGAAAACUGUAAAUAUGAUGCUUUCAUUUCCUACAAUUCCUCUGAUGAACAGUGGGUCAUGGAUCAGUUAGUGCCCAACCUGGAGGGAAAUGGAUCGUCUUUUAAACUUUGCCUACAUCACAGGGACUUUGAACUGGGCCGCGAUAUUGUGGACAACAUUGUCUCUGCCGUUUACAGCAGCCGGAAAACUAUUUGUGUGGUGAGCAGGAAUUUCCUACAAAGCGAGUGGUGUUCCCUGGAAAUCCAGCUGGCCAGCUACCGACUCUUCGAUGAGCACCGAGACGUUCUUCUGCUCGUGUUUCUGGAGCCGAUCUCGGAGAGGAAGCUGUCAUCCUAUCACCGCAUGAGGAAAGUCAUGCUAAAAAAGACGUAUCUGCAGUGGCCGGGCUCGGACUGCACCGAUCCAAUACAGGCCCAAGACCUGUUCUGGAAUCAGCUACGUAGGGGGAUAAGGAUGGAGAGCAGACUCGAAACAGAGGACAGCACCAAAUGUGAUGAUAAAACUGAACAUUUAGAGACAACAGAUGAAAAAUGUUACUUGCUACCUUAAAACACAAUACUUUUAAUUGAAAUUUAAGAGAUAAACCCUUCAGCAUGUUAAACAAAUAAUUAAUUAAGGCUGUAGGGAGAGGGUCACGAGAAUAUCUGAAUGUACAGUGUGAUGCAUUGUAGAUCAACAAAUUGUUUUUUUUAUAUGAGCAUGAAUCAGCAUUGUCAUUUAACUUCUGGUGAUCAGAAUAGCUUUAUUUUGUGUAUUUUAUUAGCUAUACUUGAAGCUUGGCUUUUCUCUAUUGUACAAUUGCACAAAGUGUUUUCUUGCAUGUUAAUAUACAGCCCAUAUACAAAAGGAAUAACUGAAUAAUUGUCACAAUAGCACAGACUUUGCAAAUAAUAUUCCUCUGUACAGAAUUUCCAAUUAUAGCACAUGUGUUAAUGAAGACGUGCUCUGUAAAUUAAAACAAUGCU